GGUUACAUACCAAUACCAAAACCACAACGGUUGGUCAACGAAUGUUUAUUGUUCACGUUCAGUGUUAUGUCCGAUAAUAGAAUUUAAAAAUUCAAACACUAUCGGUCGUGUAAUGGUUACACUUCGUAGCCGAUACAAUAAUAUUAUCUGAGUGUUCUUCGCAGACAAUCGAAAUUAUCAAAAGAACAUUUACAUUCAAUUCAUCAACACCACCCAACGCAUCAUGGGUGAUAGCAUAUCUGACCAAGAAUUACGUCGUCGCUUGGCAUCUUAUAAUGUGGUGGUCCCUCCUGUCACUGAUUCGACCAGGAAAUUGUUGAUUAAAAAGCUUACAAAACUUGAAAGUGGUGACGGAACACACAAUGUUGCUUCAAAAAUUAUGCCUCCUCCAAAGUUGGUGAAUUCAACUAAUGGUACCAACGAGUCAAUAAUGAUUUCUUCAUCAGCAAAUGCUAAUAAACCAAGCCAACAUAUAAUAUUUACUGAUACGGACAGUCCAAGAAAAAGUGCACGUCGCCGGCGACAGUUAAAAGAUCCGUUUGAUACUUCUGAUUCUGAGGUUGAUGCUGGCACAAUUGGCCAUUCAGUUCUAACAAAGAAUCUAUAUCGAGCUAGUUCUUCACCUAAAUCAAAUGAAACAUCUUUGAUGAAUGUAUCCAACUGGAAAAAUAAAACUGGUGAAGAUUCAUAUGUUUCUCCUGAAACAAAUAAAUCUCCUCACAAAAAAUCUCAAACUCCAACAGAAAAAUUAAACACCAAGCUUUUUGACUUAAAACUUAGACAAACAGAUAAUGAACCAGUCACCCGAAAACUUCAAUCUAAUCCUGUAGUUGAAAGUCAGACACAUGCUGAUAGAGCAAUACAAAGAUGGAAUGAAAAACUAUUGAAACAAGCUCAAAGUCAAAAUAAUGAAUCAAAUGCUUCACAAAACUCAAGGAAAAACUUUCAAACAGCACUACAAAGACAUAAACAAAAUCUGUAUUCAAAGAAUAUUCAAUAUAUCAUAUUUCUUUUCAUUGGAUUGUUUGUUGUAAUUCUUGGAUUAUACUUUAUUUCAGUACAACCUAGUUCGGUUGUAUUACCUCCAGGUAUUUUGAAUUCGCUUUGUGGAAAAAAAGGUCUCCAAGGAUCUAAUUGCGUUACAGAACAAGAAAAAAUACAACGUUUAUACAAUGUAUUAAUAUCGCAAGUACAAGAUAAAUAUUUAAAAAGCCAAUGUGACAAUUCUGAUAUUAUACCGACUAUUAAUAUACAAACUCUUUAUGAAUAUAUUUCUACCCAUGAAAAUAUACCACCCAGAGAAAUUGAAGAACUAGUUGAACUAUUUAAAAGUAUUGCAAAAACUUAUUCUGAUUCACCAAUAGGUUAUGACAAUUCAUUUAAAAUCAACACUCCACCGAAUUUACCAUUUAUGUGUGCAGCUAAAAAUAUUUUUUCCAAUAUGUUCUACCUUACAACAUGGCUGGGAAUAGUGGGACUGUCUGUUAUUGGUCUUUAUUUUAUUAUAUGCUACAUUACAGCAAAAGGUGAAAAAUAUAAAUUAGAAGUAACUCAAUUAGUUGAAAACACAAUUGAUUUACUUAAAGAGCGAGCACUGAAUCAACCUGAUGAAAGUUAUUUACCAAUUAUACAUGUACGUGAUCACUUAAUUCCAUUUAACGAGAGACAAGAAAAAUCUAAAAUUUGGGCUGAAGUUGUACAAUAUUUUACUGAAUCCGAAUCAAGAGUAAGAUCUGAGAUUCAAGAAAUUGAUGGUGAGGACUUCCAAGUUUGGAGAUGGGUUCAACCUAUGUCACCAGGCCUAUAACUUAAGUAAUGUUAAAAUACAUUAUUAAAUGAUAUAAUCAAGUGACAUUUAACAAUUCUCUAUUUUUGCUUAGUAUUAUUAAUAUAUAAUUUAUU